GUAUGGAAACUGAUCACUGCAGGCAGAACAGGGUUGGAUGAUUCUCCUCUUCCUCAUCCUCCCCCUUUUCUGUCUCUCUCUCUCUCUGUCUCUUUUCCUCUGUUGUGUCACCGCUCCACAUCCUCAGCGAUGCUCCUCUGACCUGACGCCGCAGAGGAAAACAAACACUCCACCAUUCACCUCACCCUGGCAUGCAGCGCAGAGGAGCUGCUGCUGGAGGAAAUAACCCACGUCAGGAAUGUGAGCGAGGAGCUUGUUUUGAAGACGUCCGCCUGGAGAGCUCCUCCCUCGUCCGUCUCAGUGGUCGUCUCCAUCCCUGCAGCAGUGUGAGACGGCCCGCCGUGUGCGUCGCUGWCCAGGGAACGCUCGCUGAACAUCAAGAAAAGGCCAGAACACGAUGAACAGUCAGGACAAAUGGGUCACURUGACCCCCGCUGAAUUCGCUCUGCUGCAGGAAUACACCCAGUACUCCACCAAGAAGCUGAAGGACGUGUUGCAGGAGUUCCAUGGAGACGGAGUGUUGGCGAAGUACAACCCAGAGGAGAAGCAGGAAAUCCUCAGCCAGGAGAUUGACUUUGAAGGGUUCAAGGUUUUCAUGCAAGCGUUCCUGGAGAGCGAACUCCCCGAGGAGUUCUGUCAACACCUCUUUAUGUCGUUUAGCAACAAGGGACCCAAACCCAGUCCCUCAUCCUCUGACAAACCCCGAGUCUCUGGCUUGAAGCUUAUCAAAAGCAACUCGACCCCUCAGAGGACGCCCGCCCUGCCCAGGCCUCAGGACACGGUGCAGCUCAAGGACAUCGUGUGUUACCUGUCGUUGCUGGAGGGCGGGCGACCCGAGGACAAGCUGGAGUUCAUGUUUCGUCUCUACGACACAGAUGGAAACGGGUCGCUGGACAGCUCGGAGCUGGAACAGAUUAUCUCUCAGAUGAUGCGRGUGGCCGAGUACCUGGAGUGGGACGUGACAGAACUCAAACCAAUCCUGCAGGAAAUGAUGCAGGAAAUCGACUARGAUCAUGACGGGACAGUGACUCUGGAUGAGUGGAUCCAGGGAGGCCUGACCACCAUCCCGCUGCUGGUCCUGUUGGGCCUGGAGACGAAUGUAAAAGAUGACGGGCAGCAUGUGUGGCGGCUGAAGCACUUCAACAAACCAGCCUACUGUAAUCUGUGUCUCAACAUGCUGAUUGGACUCGGGAAGCAGGGACUCUGCUGCUCCUUCUGCAAGUACACGGUCCACGAGCGCUGUGUCGGCCGCGCUCCUCUGUCCUGCAUCAAAACCUACGUCAAGUCCAAGAAAAACACAGAGGUAAUGCAUCAUUUCUGGGUGGAAGGGAACUGCCCCACCAAGUGUGACAAGUGUCACAAAACCAUUAAGUGUUACCAGGGCCUGACUGGGCUCCACUGUGUGUGGUGUCAAAUCACGCUCCAUAACAAGUGUGCCUCCCAUAUGAAACCUGAGUGUGACUGUGGACCCCUGAAGGAUCACAUCCUGCCCCCCAACUCCAUCUGCCCGAUCGUCCUGGAACGACAGUCGACUCUGAGGAAAGACUCGCGGUCGAGCCAGUCCAGUCGAGGGAAGAUGCAGAGAGCCAACUCGGUCACGGUGGACGGACAAGGACUGCAGAAUUUACAGAAAGUUCCAGUACCUUCUAAACCCAAGACAAGUGUACAACCUGGCCAAGAAUGGACCCAUGCCUGGGUUGAGCUUCUUCAGAGAAGUUCCUGAUUUCAGAGUGUUGACCUGUGGAGGGGACGGCACUGUGGGCUGGAUCCUGGACUUCAUUGAUAAAGCCAACCUGGACAGGAACCCCCCUGUGUGUAUACUUCCUCUUGGGACGGGCAAUGAUUUGGCUCGAUGUCUUCGAUGGGGAGGAGGCUACGAGGGCGAAAGUCUUCUUAAAAUCCUGCGGGACGUGGAGAACAGCACAGAGGUGAUGUUGGAUCGCUGGAAGAUUGAUGUCACGCCGACCGACAAGGAGGAGCGAGGGGACCCGGUGCCUUAUAGCAUCGUGAACAACUACUUCUCCAUCGGAGUG